UUUCCCUCCAAGAUUCAUCACCACUUCUGGUCCGUGUCAAUCAUGGAGUUGCUUCCAUUACCAGUUGCCAUUUUCUCGUUCAAUAUCAAAAUUCUCUCGCAUGCAGAGUUUCUCUUUCUCUAGCAUUGCCUUUUUGCUGCGAUUCUCUCGUGCUUUAAUUCGCCUGCAUUCUCCUUUAACUAGUUACAGCCUUCAGGAAAAGUUGUUGGCAUGUAGUUUAGCAAGAAAGGUAGUGGUAGUGGUACUGGUGGGUUCAAUGGCCUUGCUUUCUGAGUUUCGGAAUAUCACAAUAUUCUUGGUCACGAGGUCUUUCUCGUUUUUCAUACGUACGUGCUCAUUUAUCUUUAAAACCUUUGUUGUUGUUGUUCAAACUUGGUUGGAGCUGUUGAAGACCUCGGUCAGUUUUCACUUGAAUAUAUUUUGGACCACUUCGAUGUGGAUAAUUGCGUUCGUCUCUCUUCUUGGACGAAUUGUAGUUGCUUUACAGAGGGAAAGGCAGCAGAAAGUUCCCAUCUAUGAAUUAGAUUUUGUUCCAGUAUUGUCUGUUGGUGGUUUUUGGGAUCUCUACUAUUCAUGAAGUAAUUGGAGUACCAAGUAGGCUGCUUAGACUUAUUCUGGUCAUUUAUGAGUUAGAUUUUUUUUUUCUUGAUAGUGACUGAUUUUGUGCAGUUGCAACAAAAUUUGCAAUUUCUGGAAAUUGAGUUUGAAAAUGUUUUGUGGGAAAGAAAGGAGUUUCAAAAACAUUUUCAGGCUGCUAUGAAAGAGCAGAAGGUGGUGGAAUUGAUGUUGGAUGAACUUGAAAUGAUACAUGAAAAGGCGACCGGCAAAAUUUCACACUUAGAAAGUGAGGUAGUGACCUGUCAUAACUUCUUUAAGCUCUAGCUGCUGUACUAGAUCCUGCACUAAAUGUCAUAAUUGCAUUGUGGAAGAUUGAAACUGAGAGUGACUUAUCAUAGUUCUGAUAAGAAGUGGACAGAGGAAU